ACAGGGACUGAACAGGAAGUCACGUUGUAAGUCUUUGCCCCUGGUCCUAGCACUUUGGUGGUUUUUGGUCACCGGCUCGCGGCGCCACAGCAGAUCUCCGGCUGCCGUCACUUCACAUCACAUCAGGAGGUGAGCCCCGGGCUCCAGACUGAGUGCUAGCCAUGCUGCGGCAGGUUGAGCCAUCGUCCAGCACCCUGCAGCUGGUUGCCAGUGAUAUGAGCGACAUCAUGGACAAUCUGGACACCCGCGAUCUCGAUUUAGGCGAUGGAGAUUAUGACACGACAGACACCAAUGCACCUGCAGAGGGUUUGCCUUUCAAAGAGAUUUACAACACAGUGGGUUUCAAGGAGACAGAGGCCAAAGUCUACCUGUCCUCUCCCAUCACCGUCAAAAUCCUGGAGGUGGAGCGUUUCACCUCAGUUCAGGACCGCUUCAACCUCACCACACAGAGGAGCGUCAACAAGUCAAUGCCAGCUGUGUAUAAAAUUGAGAUGAAACACGGAGAGUUUACAUGGUUGGUGAAGAGGAAGGAGAAGCACUUCAUCGAUCUCCACAGAGAACUGAGAACAUACAAGACCUUCAUGAAGAUUCCACUUCCACGCAGUCACACGGUGAAGAGGAACAUACCGUUGAGGAGUGAGGUGAGCCAGAUACCAGAACUCCCCAGAGGAGGCGAUGGCGAACUGGACAGAGGAGUUUCCAGUCGAAGGAAACAACUGGAAGAUUACUUGAAUACUGUGCUAGCGAUGCCGAUGUAUAGGAACUACCAUGCUACGAUGGAGUUCAUUGAUGUUAGUCAAAUGUCUUUCAUUCACGACCUGGGACCAAAAGGACUAGAGGGAAUGGUGCUGAAGAGAUCCGGUGGCCAUCGGAUCCCCGGCAUGAACUGCUGUGGUCGCAGCAGAAUGUGCUACCGCUGGUCCAAACGCUGGUUGGUGGUGAAGGACUCGUUUCUGCUGUACAUGAAGAUGGAUUCAGGCGCCAUCUCCUUUGUAAUGCUGUUUGACAAAGAGUUUGGCAUCAAGAUGGACUCCAAGGACACGGACACCAAACACGGCGUCCGUGUGGACAGUCUCUCCAGGUCUUUGGUGCUCAAGUGCAACAGCUACAGACAUGCCCGCUGGUGGGGUCAGUCCAUUGAAGGCUUUGUCCAGAAGUAUGGCUCAGCCUUCCUCAAAGAUCACCGCUUUGGAUCUUUCGCCAGAGUGGAAGUGAACAUCCCUGCCAAAUGGUACGUGAACGGGAAAACAUACAUGGAGGAUGUGGCCAAUGCUCUCGAAGAAGCCAAGGAGGAAAUCUUUAUCACUGACUGGUGGCUGAGUCCAGAGAUCUUUUUGAAAAGGCCAGUUGUUGAAGGAAACCGAUGGCGUCUCGACUGCAUACUGAAACGCAAAGCGCAACAAGGAGUUCGAAUCUUUGUGAUGCUCUACAAGGAGGUGGAGUUAGCUCUGGGCAUUAACUCAGGAUACAGCAAGAGAACGCUGCUGCGCCUCCACCCCAACAUCAAGGUGAUGCGCCACCCAGACCACGUCUCCUCCGCUGUGUACCUGUGGGCGCAUCAUGAGAAGAUCAUCGUCAUUGAUCAGUCGGUGGCCUUUGUGGGUGGGAUUGACCUUGCUUAUGGACGUUGGGAUGACAGGGAACACCGGCUCACCGAUGUUGGGAGUGUGACGCUCUCUCACUUGGAGCAGGCUGCAGCUGCCUCUCCCAGCAUGGCUGCCCAAGCCAACGGCAGUAGUACGGUUUCCCAGAGCAACGGAAAAGGCGUAUUCACUGUGGCAGACUCGAUGGACCAGCCAAGGCUAAAGAGUCACGGGAGGUUGAGGAGGACCAGGAUGAGCAUCAGAAGACACCUGCAGAAACACGGGUUGGCCCAUCCCGAUAGCGACAGCGACCUGGAGCCCGAAGAGUCCUCUGACCCAGUGCAAAAUGAGCCUGCGGGGGUCGGAGAGUUGCAUGGGAACACGCGAUUCUGGCACGGGAAAGACUACUGCAACUUUGUGCACAAGGACUGGAUUCAGCUAGAUAAGCCUUUCGAUGAUUUCAUAGACAGGCACAAAACUCCCAGAAUGCCUUGGCAUGACAUUGCCUCAGUGGUUCAUGGGAAAGCAGCUCGGGAUGUGGCCAGACACUUCAUCCAGCGGUGGAAUUUCACUAAGCUUGUGAAGCCAAAGUACCGCUCCCUGUCAUACCCAUAUCUGCUGCCCAAGUCUCACACCACUGCUGGAGAACAGCGAUACCAAGUCCCCAACUGCAUCCCCACCAAAGUACAGAUCCUGCGCUCAGCUUCAGAUUGGUCUGCUGGCAUCAAAUACCAUGAAGAGUCCAUCCACAAUGCCUACGUCCACGUCAUCAAGAACAGCCAGCACUUCAUCUAUAUAGAGAAUCAGUUCUUCAUCAGCUGUGCCGACAACAAAUAUGUUUUCAACCAGAUAGGAGACGCGAUUGCAGAGCGCAUCAUUCGGGCGUACAGGGAGGGUAAAAAGUAUCGCGUUUACGUGGUGACGCCGCUGUUGCCGGGCUUUGAAGGAGACAUCAACACCGGAGGCGGCAGCGCCAUCCAGGCUGUCAUGCACUUCAACUACAGGACCAUGAACAGAGGAGACCACUCCAUCAUUUCCCAGCUCAAGAGAGAGAUGGGAGAUAACUGGAUAAACUACAUCUCCAUCGCUGGUCUGAGGACUCACACUGAUCUGGAGGGGAAGCUCGUCACUGAGCUCAUCUAUGUCCACAGCAAGAUGCUCAUCGCGGACGACAACACCGUCAUCAUCGGUUCUGCCAACAUCAACGACCGGAGCAUGCUGGGAAAGCGGGACAGCGAGGUGGCGGUGAUCGUGGAGGACUCGGAGAUGGUGGACUCGGUGAUGGACGGAGAGCCGUACAAGGCGGGAAAAUACGCCCUGCAGCUCCGGCUCGAGUGCUUCAAGACGAUCCUCGGCACUUACACAGAUCCCACCAUCGAUGUUUCGGAUCCAAUCAGCGAUCACUUCUACAAGGAGGUCUGGAUGUCCACCAGCGCUCGCAACGCCUCCAUCUACCAGAGGGUUUUCCGCUGUCUGCCAUCCAGCGACGUCCGUAACAUAAUGGAGUUGGAGGGCUACCUGGCCAAGGCUGGCCUGGACAGAGAGGACCCGGCUCGGGCUCAGGAGGAGCUGAAGAAGAUCCGUGGUUUCCUCGUUCAGUUUCCUCUUCAGUUCCUGUCUGAACAAAACCUGCUUCCACCCAUCGGCUCCAAGGAGGCUAUGGUGCCGAUGGAGGUCUGGACCUGAGGCAGAGGGGGGCUCGUCUCUGUUCUUGAGUGGAAGGUGGAUAGAAAACACUCUGACGCUAUUCUGGAGGUCUGACGGGACUCUGACCAAAAACAGAUGAGGUCAUGCUGGAGCUUUUUAAAUGUUAUGAUCUCUGUUUCACAUCAUAGAUCAUAGCUCGUGAUUGCAUGUUAACAAGACAGCAUCACCCUGAGUUGAGACUCUCAGGAGACAUUUACUCUUAAACUGUAAUCUGAUCAUGGCUACUUGAGGAGUUCUCAGUGGUGAGUAUUUGGAUUUAGACUCUCCACAAACACACAGACCCACGUCAAGAAUGCUGACAUGUUCACAGAGAGCAGGGACUGGAAAAAUGACUGAAGUAAUCAUAGAUAAAAUCAUACAUGAAGUUUAAAUGAUAAAUAUAUGUAUUGACAACAGGCAAUUUAUGUGAUUUAAAUAGAUUAUUUGGCAGGCUCAACAAACGUGCCAGAGGAAAACAGGUGUGGUCAAAACCGUUUAAAAUGGUUGUGUCACACAAGGAAGUCACAGAAACCAGAGAUUAUUUAGAAACACCUACUAAUUACUGUGAUGAGCUUUAAGCUGCAGCUUUAGAGGAAUGUCUGCCCUUAAGGCAGAAAUAUUUCUGAAUACUCAUGUCAAUAAAGCAGGAACUAAAAUGCAGUCAGGUCCCCAAAUUUUGUCCAAGCAGGCUUUUGUGGGUUUGUUCAAACCCACAUUUGUUUGAGUUACACUAAUCUGAAAAAGCUCUAAUAAGCUCCAGUUUCUAAACUAAGAUAUGAGACGACACCUGAACAUACAUCAAGCAGCCACAACAUUAAACCUUCUGACAGGUGAAGUGAAUCACAUGUUGUGAAAAAAACAGUGCUUUGCUGAGAAGCUUUGAGUCCUGGCAUCCCAUCAAAAGAUUGUCGCAGACUAAAUACAUACACCCUUUAUGUUACCAACACUCCCUGACAGCAGUGGUCUCAUCCCAGCAUGAUGAAACAUGACGCAAAACCUUCCCGGGAACACGAUCUCCACCUAGAGGCCAAAACUUCUAAACUCCACUAAAAUCUCUUCGACCAUCAGCAGGAUGAGCCAGAGCAGGCAGACCAAUCAAUGCACCCCGCAUUAUUUAAGGACAGUCGUUAGGGUCGGGCAUGGACCUCAAGUCAUGGGCAGUUUUUGCUUUGUGGGGGAGACCACUACUGUUGGGGGGGGGCUGCCCUGCCCUGCCCUGGGGCAGAAUCUUUAAUUGCAUCAAAAUUAUAAAUGUUAUUCAUUUAAACUGCCAGGACUUCUGUUCUCACAGCCUGGGGUGACCACAUUAUGACUGUCCCCACUUUGUGACAUCAUACAGAGCCAAUAGUGGAAACAUUUUUGUAAGCAGUGUGGAGCAGUGUGAGUUUUGGGCUCAGCCAUGUUUAACAUGACUGUCCACCAUCUGAUUUAUGACAGAAGGUGGACAGACCAGUCCACCUAAAUGUUGUGGCUCAUUGGUGUGUGUUACUUUCUGUGUUUAGUAGCUCCAAAAACCAGAAUUGACUCUUUGUUACAGACAUACAACAGUUUUGUUUACAGCCUUGUAAACGUCACCUCCAGCAUGGCGUCAGUUGUGAUGUAACAUCUAUGAACCUAACCUUACAAUGUUCAAAGACUGAGAGAGACUCCACACCUUCCCAGAGCUCAUAUGUGCACACAGGUUGCUUCUGAACAGAAGCAACAGACAUGGGCGUACAGACCAGCAGCAGAGGGAGCGAUGGACUCUACAGUGCCUGAAAGUCUGGGCCUCGUGUUUACAGGAAAAAUGAAAUUCCCCUGUCACCAUGAAGCUAUUACUCUACCUUUUUUUGUUUGUUUUUUAAGUACAGCUUGAGCCUCUGUUCUCUAACAACACUAUGCAACGUCCAGCUCUGACUCUUCUGCCUUCAAAAGACACUAAAUCGUUAAAUCCAGCAGAGCAGAGGCGGGGAUGAAGAGCCGGAUCGAGCUGUCGGGCAUCUCUGCACAUGUUUUCCUUUUAAACUUGUCUCAUGUGGCUGCUUCUAAUAUUUAUGUCAAACAGGAAAUCAAACGUGCCAAAGAUGACGGACUGUACGCUGAUGUUAACACACAUUCCUCAUACUGUGGAUUCUGCAUGACUUAAGCCUCAAGUGACCUACGUUUAUACCAGCUGUACUGAUAUGGCUCUAUGUUGCUGGUUUCUAAUUUCCUAAUAAUAAUUUUCUGGAAACCACUACUGUAACUUGGUUAUUGGGGGAUUUAAAUAAUAAUAAAUAUUAAUUUAUUACUUGUGUGUAAUUGGGAAUAUUUUUCUAGAUGUAAUAAAUUAUUUUCAUUGGUUGACUUUUAGAAAGACUCCAGUUAUUGAGAUCAAUUCAUACAACGUGUCACUAUUUCCAGGAAACUAUUAGGAAAUUAUUGACUUGUACAAAGCUCUUUUAUUUUGCAGAAGCAUGCAUGAAGAGUUUAUUACAUUGCUGCAUUUCCUUUUGUGUCAGAAAGCGGAAAUUUCCCACAAUAGCUAACUUUGCAUUAACAGGUAAUACUGGUUUGUUACUGGUAUAAUGGAUGUUUUAUGUCCACCAGGGGGCAGUAGAACAACAUGUUACCACUUUAGUAAGUUGUUGUGAUGACUGUGUCUGCAAACUGUUGCCAGUUUAGACAAGCAGCAGGAAUAAAGACACGUGACUGUCCAUUACUGAGUUCACCUGCUGAAUAUCCAUCAAAUCUAAUUCGGAAAGUGAUGAUGCCAAAGUCUGUCACUAUUCCAGAUGAUGAUUUCCAAUGUUUGGUUGACUGAACGAUUGAACAGUGAUACUUGGAUAGAUCUCCCCUUGGUGAACUUGUGUGUGCAGCGUUGCUACCAUGAGACACUGCAGUCACAUGUUUUUGCUACCAUGAAGUCAAUCAAAGCUCUCUUAUCUUAGAUCCGGACGUCUGCCUGUGGGCUGUGAUACCUGUGAUACUAUUUGCAUUCUGCCUUUUGGUCAUUUUAACUUAUCUGGUAUUAACAGUCCCUGGGGGAUCUAAAAGAGCAGGUUCUGUCACAUUUUCACAAUCCUGAAUCAACUAUUCACCCCAAAAGUCAAACUUUCACUCUUUCAGCUGCAUAUUUGGUCUCCACCUACUCUAAGAAUAGCGUCUUACAGUUCAGCUGCUACAUGUAACACUAUACUGAUCGGCUAGUUGGAUAGUCUGUGUAGAGUUGAGGAGAAUAAAACAAAAGCCUUCAAUGCUUGUGGCGUUCCUUUGAAAUUGGAUUAAGAGUUGGUCCUAUUUUGAACAGAACUGCACUUUGGUGUAAAGUGUGACAAAGUCAGACCACAAGACGUUCAUGAUUUUAUAUUGACUUUGUGGAUUUUGACUGGUUUAUGUCAAAAUUGGGGUAAAUAUCACCGUGACCAUGUCAGUGUCAAAGGAGACCAUUUCAGUUUUAACCUUUCAUUGCUCAAAUCAACCCUAAACUUAACUUCUGGUAAUUAAAAGAGGACUUUUGUGGAUGCAAACAUGGCUUCACCUUGUGGAAAAUGUGUCUUUAAGUGCAUUAUCAAGAAGAUAUUACACCAGCUUUGUCUUUGCACUUUGUUUCUGCUCCCCUCAAGUUGCCAAAAGAUAUUAUUGCAGGUUUGGAAUAUUUACAGUUAAAUACCUUCUGAUUAACCAGAUUCUGAUGCAUGAAGCCUCAUGCAUCAGAAUCUUCUGAUCUUCUAACACAUCUGGAACGCAGCAUCACUAUUUGUCUUCCUCGUUGGUCUGUUCAUCUGCAUGAUGCUGUUUUGUGCUGUAAAUUUGAAACAUGUAAGGAUCUUUACUGACUGCAGCUGACAGCAUGACAGCAGCUCGUUGCCAUUAAACCGUCACGGACAAACGUGUGAACUUUAUAAGCUGAACAGUUUUCUUUAAAGCCAUUGUUGAAGCUAAUCGGUGUGUCUGUCUGUAAGAUGGACCUGAUACUUUAAUGUUGAUGGAAAUUGGACCUUAAGUGUGCUCUUUCUGUUUAGUCUUCCUCUCUACCUCCCUGUGUUUCUACCUCCUGGUCUAGCGCUUUCUCAGCUCCUCAUAUUUUCAGCUUUUGUGAUAUCAGAUGUUUUAAAUCUAAAUCAGAAGCUUAAAAGAUAAAAGGCUGAGUUCAUAUAAAUCAACUUAAACACAGAAAUAUGGCUGAAAUCUGACUGUUUGCUCGUGUUCUUUGAAUCUCGGCUCAGAGGCUGAGAAACGCUGAUCUGUCCCGUUUUUCUCUCGUCUGCCUUUUCUUGCUGUAUCUUUAUAAAUAUGCACUAUUUGCACAGUCUGUUGUUUCUUUGUGGGAGCCCCUUAAAUGAUCUGCAGUACCACAUCAUGUGUUGCUUUUUGAAAUGAUGGAUUAAAUAAAUGAGGUGUUAACAAGUCAUUGAAAAGCA